UUGCAUCUCAGCUCAACCAAAAACUAAGUUUCUAAACCAUGGCUUCCUCGGGGCUAAUCUCUUGACGUUCGGCUCAUCCAAGGUCCACCCCAAUGGCCUCUUGGAGCUGACGAAUACUUCCAUGAGGCAAAUGGGUCAAGCUUUUCAUGGUUUCCCCAUACCCUUCUUAAAACCUAACUCUUCAAAUUUGGUUUCUUUUUCCACAAGCUUUGUCUUCGCCAUCACUCCAGGAUCCGGUACACCAGGCCACGGCUUAGCUUUCGUUAUUUCACCCUCGCUAGACUUUAGCGGGGCAUUUCCAAGCAAUUAUUUGGGCUUGUUCAACACCUCUACCAAUGGAAACGCCUCGAACCAUAUUCUUGCAGUUGAAUUCGACACCGUGCAUGCUGUUGAGUUGGAUGAUAUUGAUGAUAACCACGUUGGUAUCGACCUCAAUGGAAUGAACUCCAUUGAGUCUGCCCCUGCUGCAUAUUUUGAUGACCGAGAGGAGAAGACCUUAAGCUUAAAACUGGCAAGUGGGAAGCCUAUUAGAGUCUGGAUCGAGUACAACACCGCAGAUAUGACGAUCAGUGUCACAUUGGCUCCUCUAGAUCGUCCAAAGCCAAACUUGCCUCUUAUACUAAGAAAUCUGAAUCUUUCAGGGAUUCUCUCCCGAGAACAUUAUGUUGGAUUCACUGCAGCCACGGGAACUAUCACAAGCUCACAUUUUGUUCUAGGCUGGAGCUUCAACAUCGAGGGGAAAGCAUCAGACUUUGUUAUCACGAAGCUUCCUUCUCUUCCAGACCCACCGCCUCCAUUUUCUCCAUCUCCAAAUCCUCCGAUAAUAGUCAAGAAGAAUUCAAACCACACAAAACUCAUUAUAAUCUGCGCUGCAUCAGGAACGCUUGCAAUUAUGAUCAUGAUUCUUUUAGGGUUUUGGGUCUUUCGUAGAAAGCAAAUAUUCCCCGGAGCCGGAGGCACAAGGAAAUUUUCAUACCAGACAGUUUCCAGUGCAACUGAAGGUUUUGACAACUCUAUGCUUCUAGGAGAGAGGAACUCAGGGAGUUUCUACAAAGGGCAGCUUACUCCCACAGAGAUCAUUGCGGUGAAGAGAAUAACUUGCACUACAAGGCAACAAACGACAACCCUAAUAGCUGAGAUCGAUGAUAUCUUAAACGUAACACAAAGAAACCUUGUUAACCUACUUGGUUACUGUAGCCAAGGAAACGAGAUCUAUCUAGUUUACGAGUAUGUCCCCAAUGGAAGCCUAGACCAGUUCUUGUUCUGCCACGACCGACCAAUUCUCACUUGGUCAGACCGGUUCUGUAUCAUAAAGGGCAUCGCGUCAGCACUUCAACACCUUCACGGCGAGCGUCAAAAAUCUUUAAUUCACGGAAACGUCAAAGCCAGUAAUGUCCUCUUAGACGAGGAGUUAAACCCUAGACUAGGAGACUACGGACAAGGAAGCAGACACAGCACCUCUGGACACGUUGCACCAGAACUAGUCGACACGGGACACGUUACUUGUGACACAGAUGUGUUUGCAUUUGGAGUGUUAAUGAUGGAGAUCGUAUGUGGAAGAAAAGCCAUAGAGACGACAAAGCCACCAGAAGAGAUCAGUUUAGUGAACUGGGUGCUUCGAGGGGUCAAGAACGGCAAUAUGUUAAAGAGGUGCGACGAAAGAAUCAAUACAAAGGAUUUGGUGUUCCAGGAAGUGUUAUUGGUUCUAAAAACAGGACUUCUCUGCGUGAGACGGACUCCAGAAGCUAGGCCAAUGAUGAAGAAAGUGUUGCAGUAUCUCAACGGUACAGAACGUCUCCCUCAUGAUGACUUCGUCGUCUUUGGAGUCUAA